CAACAGGCUAACGUGGUGAUCUUGCACAAGGAUCUUGCUGAUGACUUUGAGGCGUUUUGUCGAGCUAACAGCAGCCCCCUACCGCUGCUGUACAGAAGCAAAUGUGGAGAAUGGAGCAGCGGCCCUCUCGCCACAGGAUCUGACAUCAGGGUGCUUGACCGUUCUUGCACGUUUACUUUGUAAAAACUGGGUUGGUACUUCUGCAGCGAUGUAGGACGAUUUAAAGUUGGAGAAGAAAACGAGAUGGGAGUUUUUCAACAUACCCUAACUGUACUGAACCAGAAUAAACAGAGUUGCAAGAGACGCAACGAUAGACAAGACGAGCGCUUGAGGUUAAAAGCUGCAUUUAAACUGCAUUUUGGAAGUUCAAACUUUGGGGCACCAUAGAAGUCCACUAUAUGGAGAAAAAUCCUGAAAUGUUUUCCUUCAAAAAACGUCAUUUCUUUACGACUGAAGAAAGAAAGACAUGAACAUCUUGGAUGACAAGGGGGGAGGACUGUCCAGAGUACUGUGUGUUUGAGAAUGGUGUGCUGAGGAAGAAGGUUGCUAGUUUAUCCUCCUACACUCCUCAACUUCAGGACAUGGUCACAUUCUACCUAGGCUGUAGUUUUGGUUUUGAAGCAGCCUUGAAGGCCGCAGGGGUUCCGGUGAGAAAUGUGGAACAGGGUAAAAAUGUCAGCAUGUACAAGACGUCAGUAGCUUGUAUUAAAGCAGGUCAGUUUCAUUGUCCAAUGGUGGUGAGCAUGAGACCUGUACCAGAAGACAAGUUGGACGCUGCAGCUCAAAGCACACAUGCGAUCUCACUGGCACAUGGAGGCCCUGUCCACAUUGGAGACCCUAAGCUGCUGGGCAUCCAUGACCUGUCACAACCAGAAUAUGGGGACCCAGUGAAGGAGUCUCCUGAUGAUGUGCCUGUGUUUUGGGCCUGUGGGGUCACUGGUGUUGAGGCUGUACAGAGCUGCAAGCCAGCUCUGGCAUUCACACACUCUCCUGGCUGCAUGUUCAUCACAGAUCAAAAGGCAGAAACUAUUUCGCCCCUCACUCUUGAGCCAGCACAGUGCCCUUUGACGUUCUGCAUUUCCCAGAAUCCUCAGCAUUACAGUAUGACUAACAAAAGAGCUGUUGAACAGAUCCGAGCAAUUGAGGAGCUUGUUGUUGAAGACCCAGGUUCAAGGGGUAUCCGGGCAUUGUUCUUGCAAGAUGAGCUUCUAAAGGCCAGUCUCUCGCUGUCCCAUUCCUCCUCUGUUCUCAUCACCACUGGUUUCCCCACACACUACAUGCACAACCCCCCUGAAGAGACUGAUGGCCCGCCCGGGGCCAUUGCCAUGGCAGCUAUGCUUCAAGCGCUCGGCAAAGAGGUGGUCAUCGUGACGGAUGAGCGCGCUUUGGAGAUGAAUCAGCACAUCAUGCGGGAUGCUGUGGAGAAAGGUGUGAUAAAGACCGCAGUGCCAGUAAUAAGCUUCCAGAGUAAUGGCCCUGACUCAGCACUUCACUUUCUGUGCCGUGAUGGAGAUCCCACUAAGCCCAGGUUUGACCACUUGGUGGCAAUAGAGCGCAGCGGCCGGGCUGCUGACGGGAACUACUACAACAUGAGGGGGGUGAACAUCAAACAUUUAGUCGACCCAAUAGACAACCUUUUCACCACUGCCAGCACUAUUGCGGGUAUCACUACCACAGGGAUCGGAGAUGGAGGUAAUGAGCUUGGUAUGGGCAAAGUCAAAGCAGCAGUUAAAGCAUACAUGCCUAAUGGAAAUCUAAUUGCGUGUGACGUGGCUGCUGAUUUUGCCAUCACAGCAGGAGUGUCCAACUGGGGUGGCUAUGCUGUUGCCUGUGCUCUUUAUGUUCUCAAUCUCUGUCCAAUACACUGGCGGUACCUCCAUAGGGGUUUGGGUCUGUCACCCACACCUGAUCAACAGAGCCUGUGGAUGGCCUGCCUGCCCACUGUAGCCAAGGAGGAAGAGAUGCUUCACAUUUUGGUGAAAUAUGGCGUCCGCAGUGGUAAAACAGCAAACCUUGGAUUGGAGGUGGAUGGACUGACCUUUCACCCUUACCAUUCUGACAUCAUACAGCGGCUUAGAAAACUCACUCUUGCCUGACGUCUUGGUGUGGCCUACAUCACAUAGCCAUGGGAACAAAGACACACAUCUGUGACCAGUGUCAGCGCUGACUCAAGCUUAUUUGCAUAUUCUCACACAUUCUCAAAGAUGAAUAUGAAUAUGAGAAUGUAAUAGAAAAAGCUGCCACUGUAACAUUUUGUUGAUUCUUUAUAAAGACAAUCUACAAAGUAGUGUUUCAUUUUUGUGUUCUCACCUUAUAAAGCAAUGUUGCUUCUCACUGAAAAAAAAAAUAAUAAUAAACUAUUGAUUUAUAGUUA